AUGAAGGUAAUAUUUUCUUUUUUAAGCCUUUUUUGUUGUACUUGUUUUACAUGAUCUUGUUCUAUCGCUUUUGGCAAUGUUAUUCUGACCUAAAUUUUUCAGGAUUUCGACGAUCCACUGCCGGGCUCCUGGGGACGCCGAGACCCUCCCAAGCCAUCGCAUUACCGCGAGCAUGAGGGCUACAGCUCAAGGGAUACCAGAGAUUUGAGGGACUACCGCAGUUCCAGAGAUGAUUUCGCUGAUACGCGGCCGAUUUUGGACUUCGAUUACGGUCGGCGCAGCCCUCCAAGACACGAAUAUCAUGACGAUCGAGAGUUGCUGAGAGAAGACCGCAAGAGAGUGAGUUUUUCUUGGAUUUGUGUUGUGUUUUUAGAAAGACCUCCUAGUGUAAAGUGUGAUUGGUUAAAAUUUUCUUUUAGCCUUUGGAAUCGUACAAAGAACCGUCGUUCUACACCAAGAAGGCUCCACGCCUCGAUUAUUUUGAUAGUACUCGUUUUCUCGGUGCUCAAGGAGGAUCUCAACUUCUGCAGGAAGAAACUCGCCGGUGUCUUUCGGAAAUCAGCCAAGAACUUGCCAUUAUCGAGCAAAACCCGGAGAUUCGGAGCCUGCCUCAUACUCAUCGCAUUAUCAAAGAGGGUGAGCUUUUUUUAUAAUUGGUAUAUAUUACUUCUUUGUUCCAAAGGGAAUGUUGCCUACUGUAAUAUUAAGCUUUGUGAUUUUAGAGGUCGAAAACAUCACUGGUAACACUAAUGUGGAUUGGUUGGACGUCGAGUCGGAUAAGUUCAUUAUUCGCGUCUACAAAAGAGUUCUUCUUCCACCCAGCAGACAUCCGGUAAGUUUGACGUCAAGUAUAAUAUAAAAAUUUUUGUAUUUCUUAUUGAUAUUGUCUCAAUGAUAAUCUUACAGAAUUCUAAUGUCGUUGGCAAGCUUAUGGGCGCUGGUGGUCGAACUCUUCGAUUGAUCUGCACCAAAUAUAAGAGCUCUAUUUCCGUUUGUGGAGCGGGUAGUCGAAAAGAUCCUAAAGAGGAGGAGCAACUCCUCAGAACCGGUGAACCUCAAUAUCAACAUCUGAACUUCCCAUUACAUGCCGAAAUUACUACUGUGGGCCCUCCUCAUCUGGCUUAUAGUCGAUUGGCCGAUGUUUUGACUAUCAUCCAUCUCUGCUGUACUACGGUAGGUUGUUGUUUGAGUUGAAGUUGUUGUUUCUGGUGUGGAAUAUGAGUUAAUUCUCACCUUAUGGCUCUAACAGUCAUAAUGUUACUGUAUCUUCGCGAAGAAAACAUGUGAAGAUGAAUAUGUUAUAUCUAAUUAUUUUGAUUAUAAAAACGGACAAUUGAAUCCGGUGAAAUGGGAGAUUUGAGCAAGCGUUGAAAACAAGGUACCGAAAAGAAAACGAAACGACAACAAUUAUAAACCAACUAUAACGGCAACAAAGAAAUCAUUAUGUUUACGAUUACAUUAGAGUUUGAAUAGGGUUACAAAAAGCAAUAUUUAUCAAAGAAAAGGAAAAAAAUUAAGUAACCGUAUUUUUUUACGACAAGUAUUCUGAAUUUGAGAUUUUGUGAUACAUUUGAAGUUUAAAAAAAUAUAGAAAAAAGAACAUGAAAUAAUAAUCGAAAAUGUGCGAUACAAUACAAAAGAGACAACAGAAGAGCUAUCGACACGUCUAGAAACAAUUAAGUUUCAGCUGGGAAUAGGAUUCGAAACAAGAAUCCUGUUAUAAGCUGAAACUUGGAUUUAUGGGGGAACAUAUUACAACUGUUACGAAGUGUAAUAUGAGCGAGGCUUUACGGCAACUUGACAAAGACCAUCGAGUGUUAGAAGGUCUUUGUUAAAGUUAGUUGUAAAUUCCCCGAGUUUAUGGCAAAAAUCAAGAUAAAUGUGUAAUUCUAAGAUUUAAAUCAGGGAAAAUUUGAAAGGCAUGUGGAAACCCAGAUAUUCUCAUUUCAAAAGAAAUGCAAUUCGGUUUCGAUUUGAAAGAUGAAGGAAAUUUGAAAAACUGCACAAAAUGUGUAUAAAAAUACAAAAAGGGAAAUGUUGCUGCAGAUCCAGAGUUCUGUUGAAAAGAAUGUUGAGAAAAGGUUGCACGAAUAAAACGAGAAUUAUGUCGCCUUGAUCAUGAAGUGUUUUGCCAGCCGAUGCAAGGCUGACAGUCCAUUUCAUGAUCGCCGAUGAAAGACUCAUACCAUGAUAUUCAUGAAGUGCCUUGCCAACCGCCGAAAGGUUGACAAGGCAUUUCAUGGGAUCAUAAACAAAUAUACGCGAGACGAGAGAAACCCAGGCUAAUCCGACUAAAAUUACAGGAUGAAGCCUUCGAAUACAACGGAAUUCGCUUCGAAUCUCACGGAAAACGACGCGACGGCGAUUCUAGUUACAAAUCCUUCAGAGGAGAACACGACGAUCGUUCCCGUGAUCAUCAUGAAUCUCACCGAGAUGAGAUUGACGAAGAAGUUGGACAAAAGGAAGAUCGUCAUCGAGGUUACGAAGACGAAAGAGAAACAAGAGAAAGACCGGAGAGAUCUCAUGACGGCUCAAGAGGUCGCGGUCCGCGUGGCGGAGGAAGAGGAGGCGGCCGUGGCGGAGGAUUCGUCCCCAGAAGAGGCGGCCGUGGAGCCAGAGGAGGAUUCGUUCCGAGAAGAUGA